AUUGAUUUUUUUGUGUGUUAUUUAAUCGAACCUAGAGAUUGACUUCAGCGUUCUCUGUUACAAUGGCAUUAUCGUUAUUUGAAUAGGGGAUUAUAUCGACAAGCUGUCUACGACUGGUGGAGAAAGUAGGAAGCAGACACGUUGUAGCAAUUUUCUUUAGAUCCUAGUAUUACGCUACGUGGUGGUGAUUGUUAUUGAUUUGCAGAUAGUGAAGAGACGCCAUGCAGGCCCAGGAUCUCCUGAGACAGCUGCGGAUGCCCGAGAUCAGUGACGUGCGGGAGUAUGUGCGCAGCUUGCCCACCAACACGCUCAUGGGCAUGGGAGCCCUGGCGGCUGUCACCACCUACUGGUACGCCACGCGGCCCACAGCCCUCAAGCCACCCUGUGACCUCACCAUGCAGUCCAUCGAGGUGCCGGGAGAUGAGUAUGUCAGACGCUCUGUUCUGUUGGACGAGGGCAAAGAAUUGAUGACUUAUUUCUAUGAUGACGCACGCACUAUGUAUGAAGUGUUCACACGAGGAGUGCGGGUGUCCAACGAUGGGCCUUGCCUUGGCUCCAGGAAACCCAACCAGCCUUAUGAAUGGCUGUCCUAUAAGGAGGUACAAGACAUGGCCGAGAACAUAGGCUCCGCCCUCCUCCACAGAGGCCAAUCGCAGAGUGGGGACAAAUACGUCGGUAUCUUUGCCCAGAACCGGCCAGAGUGGACAAUUUCCGAGCUGGCAUGUCACACAUACUCCUUGGUGGCCGUCCCCCUAUAUGACACACUGGGCACAGAGGCUAUUGACUACAUCCUCGAGAAGGCUUCCAUCUCGACAGUGAUCUGUGAUGUGGCAGACAAGGUGCGACUGAUCCUGGACUGCGUGUCAAACCGUAAGCACACCGUCCGCACCAUCGCCCUAAUGGAUGCCUUCGACAGUGAGUUGGUGGCCCGUGCACAGACCUGUGGCAUUGAGAUCCUCAGCCUCAAGGACCUAGAGGCACUAGGCAAGGCCCACCAUACGACGCCUCAGCCCCCUAAACCAGAGGAUCUGGCUUUAAUCUGCUUCACCAGUGGAACUACAGGAAACCCAAAGGGCGCCAUGCUCACGCACGGAAACGUGGUGGCCAACUGCGCCGCUUUCAUCAGAGUAACAGAGGUGAACUGCAUGAUGAACCAGAGUGACAUUCACAUGUCCUAUUUGCCUCUAGCUCACAUGUUUGAGAGAGUGGUGCAGGGAGUCAUCCUCAUCCACGGGGCUCGGAUCGGCUACUUUCAGGGGGACAUUCGGCUGCUGAUGGACGACCUGAAGACCCUGCGGCCAACCGUCUUCCCUGUAGUGCCCCGUCUGCUCAACCGGAUGUUUGAUAAGAUAUUUGGGCAGGCCAACACUCCACUGAAGAGGUGGCUGCUGGACUUUGCCUCCAGGAGGAAGGAGGCAGAGAUGAAGAGCGGAGUGGUCAGGAAAGACAGCAUGUGGGAUACGCUCAUCUUCAGCAAAGUACAGGCCAGUCUGGGAAAUCGUGUGCGACUCAUGAUCACUGGAGCUGCUCCGGUCUCUCCCACGGUCCUCACUUUCCUGCGUGCCGCCCUCGGGUGCCAGUUCUAUGAAGGUUAUGGCCAGACUGAAUGCACUGCAGGUUGUUCUAUGUCCCUGCCUGGUGACUGGACAGCAGGUCAUGUGGGUGCACCUCUGCCUUGCAACCUAAUUAAGCUAGUGGAUGUUGCUGAUAUGAACUACCUAUCAGCCAAUGGAGAAGGAGAGGUGUGUGUUAAAGGAGCAAACGUGUUCCAGGGUUACCUGAAAGACCCAGAGAAGACUGCAGAGGCCAUAGAUAAAGAUGGCUGGCUUCAUACAGGCGACAUUGGCAAAUGGCUACCGAAUGGUACCCUGAAAAUCAUCGACCGGAAGAAGCACAUCUUUAAACUGGCCCAGGGGGAGUACAUCGCCCCUGAGAAGAUCGAAAACAUCUACAACCGCAGCGACCCUGUGGCCCAGAUAUUUGUCUACGGAGAGAGUCUGCAGGCCUGUCUUGUGGGCGUUGUGGUGCCAGAUCCUGAUUUUCUGCCUGGAUGGGCAAAAAAGAAGGGUAUCGAGGGCUCAUACACUGAGAUGUGCAAAAGCAAGGAUCUGAAGAACGCCAUACUGGAAGACCUCAUCCGACUGGGCAAAGAGGGUGGCCUUAAGUCCUUUGAGCAGGUGAGGGACAUUGUGCUGCACCCCCAGAUGUUCUCUGUGCAAAACGGCCUGCUGACCCCGACACUGAAGGCCAAGAGGACGGAGUUGAAGAACCACUUUAGAGAGCAGAUCGACCAACUCUACGCCCGCAUUAAAAUGUGAAGCACCACCAACACCACCACACAAGGGUGAAGCAACACCAACACCACCACCCAAGGGAAAAAGAGACAAAAAAAAAGCUGGAAAAGAGGAGUGUGCCACCAAGACAGACAAACAGGGCCACACAGACAGAAGCCAUAGCUUGAAUCCUGUUGUAUGUCUAUCAUAUGGACACCAAUGAUCAAGCAGCAGAUGACCUGCGCCAUCUCAAUUAAUAAUCUAAAAGUAAUCAUGGUAAUAUCAGAGUAACAUAAAGAACAUAUUUUUGCCUUUCAAGCAUCCUGGUCAGUUUGCUGAAAAGCACAAAGCUUACUGUUUUAACAGAGAGAUGAUGGAAUAACCUUAUGCCUUAGCCAAGAGUGACAAAGCUCCACACAUGUCCAAAGCCAGUGGCAAACACUCCAAACUCAGAGUGACCAUGUCCUGUGUCAACCCACACCUCUCCCUCAUUCCUGUCAAGAGAAGUGUUUGUGACCUUGCUUCUGCGCCACCAGGCUCAAGACCUUCAGUAAGAAUGUGACAUGGGACUGAAGUGUGGCUGAUGAAAAACCAUAUCUGUGUCACAACAUGAAUCGUGUAUCAUUUCAGUUGAGAAGUUGUAGUGUACAUAGCUAUCUAUUUAAAUGUUCUUUGUUGUUUCAGAGAUAUUUAUGGAAGAUCUGGAUGUAAGAAUGGAAGACAUAACUGAACAGACACAGGGUGAACGUGGAGUAGCCAGAGUAGACACCAUGCCAUUUCUACGCUUUCAGUCUAUGCUGCCGAGGUUCUAUUGACUGUUUUAAAUGUAGACACACGGCACCCUCAUAGUAUCCAGAUCCUCAUACCAAUAUAAUUUCGGUGCAUCUAGCAUCAAUAACAAACAGGUCAUAUGUAUGUGGUGUUUUCUUUCGCAAGAUAAGCUCAAUGGAUUAGUUAGACUCCUAGGUCAUGGUCAUGAAUGCACUCCUCUAUCAGCUGGUCUUUCCAUUAGAAUCACAACCUUUGCCUUUUAAAGAAAAACAAGACUUCAAAAGAUAGACAGGCACUUUAUUCAUCCGCAUCCUAUUUUAUUUUUAUUAAAACAUUACAACACCAAAAAUGGUUUAACAGCAGAAGAGUCCAGUCCAGUGGGUGAUGGGAAUUGAGGAGGGGGGGCUGCUGCUGCUGCUGCUUUUCUGGCCUGCCAGGAUGUUAAGGGGAUGGCUAACGUUGUCCAGGAUGUUGUGAAGGGUAUGGCUAACGUUGUCCAUAUGUUGUUAAGGGGAUGGCUAACGUUGUCGAGGAUGUUGUGCAGGGGAUGGCUAACAUUGUCGAGGAUGUUGUGCAGGGGAUGGCUAACAUUGUCCAGGAUGGCCUGCUCCUUACUCCAUGUGCCCCUUUCCACCAGUCCCCAGUCAUGCCAAGCACCAACUUGUCCAGCCGCCUAGUGUCCUUGUCGGUCAUGCCGCCUCCCCAGCAACCCACUGCGUAAAAGAGACACUUGCCACCACCAACUGAUAAAACAUAUGCAUCAUUUUACUGCAAAACCACAGCCUCCUUAGAAAAAGAACAGCCGGCUUUGCCCCUCUCAGUAAAGGGAAUCUAUGUUCAAGGAUCAGCUUGUUAUCCUAAGUAUUUGAAAGUCUGCACCACCGCAAUAUCUACGCUUCAAAUGCUGACUGGCUGAGACAUGCUUAGACACAUCCACUAGACUGUAAAUACGACAAGCACUAAUUUCAGGUGGGUGCUCAUCAAUGCUAGUAGUAUCUGUUGUAUCUCUCAUGCCUUUUAAUGUCAAGUCUCCAAGUGACCUUCAAAGACUGUCUGAACUAUGGAGGCCCGAAUAGGGCAGAAAGCAAAGACGGAGCUUGCGACAAAAUGUGUCUCAGUUUUAACAUCAGAUCAAAGCCAUUCUGAAUGAACUUCAUAAACAAUUGUAUGAGGGCUGGUUGGGCUUGUGAAACCUGGAGCAAGCAUAAUGGACGCCAAUGCUGAAUGUUAAUCAGCUAGCCUUUAAAUUAUUUUUAAGAUAAGAAAAUACGGAACUAAAACAGUUAUUUAUAUAUGGCAGGAAUUGUGCUUUGAGUGCAAAGCUUUUAAAUGUAGCCGUGACGAACUUGGACAACUGGAAAACGUGAGAAGCGUAGUAUGGUCGGAAUUGUAGUUCGUUCAGUGUGUCAGAAGGGGAUUAGUCAGUGGAUACCUAAACUGGUGUCUCCUGGAACAAGGAACUAUCGAAAUUAGUUUUAAUGUCUGGGUGUUUUUGUACAAAUAUAAGAUGCAUAUUUCCAUAUUUCAAGUUAUACCAAAUAAACACUGUUUUGUGUGUAUUUGA